ACCGCCUCCAGUCUACAGGUCACUAUCCGUAUGUACAUGAGGUAAGAUAGCUACAAAAGCAAGCCCAUUGUGCAUACUAUCUACCUAUUUGUACUUAUUCUUUGCAAAUCUCAAACGAAUCACUCUCGAAAAACCUUCGUAUCAAUGGAGAUGACAAAAUCUCAUAGAUUUCCUUACCAUUAUUGCAAAUAUAAUCAAAACUUACCGCGGAUCGACCAAGUGUCUCCAAAUCCUAUAUAUCCUCAAGAUCGACAAGAAGACACCAAUAAAGAAGAGCCAAUAUCACAAUUUAUCUUUCCGAGAACAACCUUUGAAUAUAAAUUUCAUUCCGAUGAUGAGCCGGUCCCAUCCUUUGAUAUUGUGGGCUCUACGAAUCAUUGUUGCAGGAAUAGAUGUUCCAAUUCCGAAACGAGUGACUACAAUGAUUUUAACAUUGAACAAGUCCAAGCAUCAAUAUCGAGAUCUUUCCCAGGAAUGAUCAACGUGCCGACAAAUCUCGAUGAUGGACCCAACUUCGUGGACUUUGAGCUUUUUGAUUCCCAAUGCGAGCAAUGCGAGAAACUUCAUGACAUCUGGCCCGAUCCUUACAUCUCGAUUGACAGCUCGCAGCUUCAUCUUAAUGAUUACCAGAGCUGCAAAAGCUUCGAUACAUCUGAUACACCAAGAAGUUCUGAAAUCAGCUUAUACCACGAAGACUUUUGUUCACCUCCUCCAAACUCUGUUACUAGCUUUUGGAGUAUGAGCAAUGAACCCAUUAUUUCGCUUCCCACGAUUUAUUCAGGGGACUAUCUCGAAGUUUCGAAUUCUGGUUUCGUAGUCGGUGUUGGUCAGUGGACGUGUGGAACGAUGAUCGAGUCAAAUGAUCUAGAAAAUGAAUGGAAGAUUCUUCGAAACUCAGACGGCAAUAUUACCUCUAGAACUAAUAAAGCAAUCGAAGAAACACUAGAUUCUUUCGAGCUUAUUUUCUAUGGUGUCGAAUGACGAAGGUAACAACAGAUAUGGAAUGUAGUCAGCCUACAUAUGGCCUUGGUAGAUCAAUCAAAGACCGACUUUCGUUAAUCAAAUAACCCCUGUUGGGUAAUCUAGUAAUAUAGGCAUUCGGAGGUUGCUGUCGCAUAAAGAUCAACUGAGGUGAAUUCUAGACGGUAUUCGUCCACUUGAUCUUGUGUAAAGUGGAUAUCCCAGUGUCGCCCAUCUAUUUCAUACCCGGUAUUGACAAGG